AUGACCUUUAUCGGUAAAACUGUACAUUUGGCUAUUGAUGCUGUUUUAAUUUCUACCUGCUUGGCAGGUAUUAAGAGAAAUACUGGAUUGACCCCUAAGAUUGAUCACAUUAGCGAUAUUACCGUUAGGGAAUAUUCCACGAAAUAUUUGAACUUGGGAGAGUCAGUAUAUGAUUAUACAGUGGCAACUCUAGGAUCUUCAUCAUAUUUCCAGAGGAAAUGA